AUGAAAUACUUAUGUCUUGGCUGGCAUCCCCAAAGCUCUUGGCUUCACGAGACCAAAGUCUUUAGCGGAGAAAGCGGCUCCUAUGAGAUAGGCCAUCUUUCUAGCACUCCCAUAGUAUUUGCACAGCAUUCAACGAGCAGACCAUAUUUGUUUUACAAUUUAAGCAAUGCAUAUACCGGUCUUGACAGCAGAAUCAUAUCAACUCGUUUAGGUGGUCUCAGAAAACUUGGUGCCUCGAUGACCAGUCCAUGCUUGGACACAGUACUGUCGAAGCUUUACCACAAGAAGCUCUUGGAGGAUUACCACAAGAAGCUCUUGGAGGAUUACCACAAGAAGCUCUUGAAGGUUUACCACGAGGAGAUGGGGGACGCCGCCGCUAUGCCACUUCCAGAUGAGGAUGACAAGAACUACACGACGAAGCAGCACUACACAGGCCUGUUCAGGAUGAGUCAAGUCAAUCAUAUACAGGAUGGCGAGAAGGAGUCAAGUCAACCAUAUAAUGGCGAGAAGGAGUCAAGUCAAUCAUAUACAAGAUGGAGAGGUCACUACUCAGCAUCGAAUGGAAGCAAGGGAGAGAUACGCAAAGACAACACUUCAGGCGAACAUGGGUGA